AUGAAUAAUCACUUGGAUUCAUUCAAUGAGAAUUGCUGGUCUGAUCUGAUUGAUUACAGCGACCUGCUAAACGACAUCGAGCCGAUCGAUCUUUCUUGGAACCGUCCAUCCCACACCCAAAGUAUUGCGGUGGGAGUAGAUGUCUCUCUUAGUGGUGCGGCAUCACAAGGAAGUGAAUGUGCAGAAAAAGAAUGCCCGAGAAAGAGGGGGCAUGGUGACCUGUGCAGAGUAGGAACUAAAGCCUGCCGGGAGAGAAUAAGGAGAGAGAAAUUGAAUGACAGGUUCUCAGAUUUGUGUGCUAUUUUGGAGCCUGGCAGACCUGUGAAAACUGACAAAUUGGCCAUACUUGGUGAUGCCAUCCGAGCUCUGCACCAGUUGAAAACUGAAUCUGAAGAGUAUAAAGAGAUGAAUGAAAAGCUUUUGGAAGAGAUCAGGAUAUUGAAGGCAGAGAAGAAUGAACUUCGUGAAGAGAAAAAUGUACUCAGAGCAGACAAAGAAAGAAUGGAACAGCAAUUGAAAGCCCGGCCUCUUCCACCUGCUGGGUUCAUGCCAGCACAUCCACCACUAUAUCAGGCAGGGGCAAACAAGAUGCCGAUGUUUCCCGGCUACAGUUUUGUCCCAAUGUGGCAGUAUCUUCCGCCAUCUAACCGUGAUACUUCUCAAGAUCAUAAACUCAGGCCACCUGCUGCUUGA